UCCAUCACUUCCGGCAGGCGACGAAGUCGGCGCGAUGCGCGUGGAGCGCUGCUACUUCUGCUCGGGGCCGGUCUACCCGGGCCAUGGCGUCAUGUUCGUGCGCAACGACUGCAAGGUUUUUAGAUUCUGCAAAUCAAAAUGCCACAAAAACUUUAAAAAGAAGCGAAAUCCCAGGAAGGUCAGAUGGACCAAAGCCUUUCGGAAAGCAGCUGGCAAAGAAUUAACAGUGGAUAAUUCAUUUGAGUUUGAAAAACGUAGAAACGAACCAGUCAAAUACCAGAGAGAGCUGUGGAGCAAGACUGUUGAUGCAAUGAAGAGAGUGGAAGAGAUCAAACAAAAACGCCAAGCUAAAUUUAUCAUGAACAGGUUGAAAAAGAGCAAAGAGUUGCAGAAAGUGCAAGAUAUCAAGGAAGUCAAGCAAAACAUCCACCUUCUCCGUGCUCCUCAUGCAGGCAAAGCAAAACAGUUGGAGGACAAAAUGGUACAGAAGCUACAAGAGGAGGUGGCUAUGGAGGAGGAUGCCUAAAGUUGUACAUUUUCUGUUCUUGCCUCUUUGGUGGUAGACUAUCCAUCCAUCCCCUACCGCCACAUUCAGAAUUGGACAUCUGCAUUAUUGAGUUGCUUUUUAUAUGCAUUCACUGAAAUAAAAGGUGAUUUAAAUGCAUGCCCAAUUCCCCUCUUUUUCUGUAUUCUGUCACCUGUGAAACACCAAGUAUUGUAAAUGUUUGAUUGCAUAUUUUAAGGUAAGGAACCUUUCUCUGCCUAAUAUUUGAAGAAAAAUACCCUUUAUUGAAUAGUGGCUGUUUUGUCAGUAACUCAGUACCAUUUGCAAUUACAAAUGUGAGGUAAUGGACGUGAAACAAGUUGUCCUAUAGAUUUUGACAACACUUGCAAUUUUGUAAUUAUGCAAAACACAUUGUCAAUAAAUAAAUGAAUACAACAUUUCA